CGCUUCUCCGGCCGGCCUUGAUUCCCUUCCUUUCCCUCAUCAUCACGACGACCAAGACUCGACUGCGGCUUCGAUACCCUCUACGACCCACCAUCGCCUCCAUCUUCAUGCCCAUACCCUGAGUGACCGAUCACUAUCACGACCCUGCGCUACGCCAAGCCACGCCACUUGGGCGCACGCAUAUAGACUGCCUUCCCCUCUUUCCCCGCGUCUCUUUCCCCAACCCACGCAGCAAUGGCCGACUCAGGUAACAUCAAAGUCGUCGUGCGCUGUCGUCCCCUCAACAGUCGAGAGCGGAAUAGAGGGGCUUCCAAGCUCAUCGACGUCAACGAUCAGCAUCAGCUCGUCCUCAACCCACCUAAUGAUACGGAUCAGAGGGAGAGCAAUGCGCGCGCGACAAAGAAGAAGGCCAUGCCUUUUUCGUUCGAUAGGGCAUACGAUGAGGAUACCGAGCAACGAACGCUCUUCGAGUAUGUAGGGGUCGAUCUGCUCGAGCAUAGCUUCAAUGGAUUCAAUACUUGUGUCUUUGCCUACGGCCAGACUGGCUCCGGCAAGUCACAUUCAAUGGUGGGAUACGCAGAAGCAAAGGGUCUCAUCCCUCUUACCUGCUCCAAGCUCUUCAACGACGCACAAGAGAAGAUGGAACAGGAUCCGAAUCUGCGGAUCCGUGUCGAAGUCUCGUACAUUGAGAUUUACAACGAAAAGGUUCGUGACCUCCUCAACCCAAAGAACAAGGGCAAUCUUAAAGUCCGAGAGCACCCUAGCUUGGGACCCUACGUCGAGGAUCUGAGCAAGCUGGUAGUCUCGUCCUUCAGCGAUGUGGAGAACUUGAUGGAUGAGGGCAACAAGGCCCGCACCGUCGCUGCGACGAACAUGAACGAGACGUCUUCGCGCUCGCACGCCGUAUUCACCCUUGUCGUCACGCAGCGCCGCAAGGAUGAGCAGACGGGUCUGGAGGCGGAGAAGGUGUCGCGCAUCAGUCUCGUCGACUUGGCGGGGUCAGAAAGGGCCAACUCCACGGGGGCGACGGGGUCGCGACUGAAGGAGGGCGCCAACAUCAACCGCUCUCUCACUACGCUAGGCAAAGUCAUCGCAGCCCUCGCAACAGCCAGCAGUGUCGAGGCGUCCGCCACAUCAACGCCGCGGAGCAAGAAAUCCGCCGCAGACCACGUACCCUAUCGUGACUCGGUGCUCACUUGGCUGCUCAAGGACUCUCUGGGAGGCAACUCCAAGACGGCAAUGAUUGCGGCCAUCUCGCCUGCUGACUAUGAAGAGACAUUGAGCACCCUGCGAUAUGCUGAUCAGGCAAAGAAGAUCAAGAACAAGGCCGUCGUCAACGAAGAUCCCAAUGCCAAACUCAUCCGCGAGCUCAAGGAAGAGCUCGAGAUGCUGCGUGCUCGCGCUGGUGGAGGAGCAGGCGGAGGCAUGGGAGGCGCAGGCGAGUCAGGGUGGGACCCUUCUCUUCCACCUUCGCAGCAGGUGGUCCGCUACCAGACCAAAUCGGGUGAAAUGAAGACGGUCACAAAAGCGGAGCUGCAGGAGCAGAUGGAGCAGAAUGAGAAGUUGAUGAGCAGCCUCAAUGAAAGUUGGGAAGAGAAGCUGCAGAGAACGCAGGAGAUCCAGCUGGAGAGGGAGAAGGCUCUGGAGGAGUUGGGCAUCACGAUCGAUAAGGGCAACGUGGGCGUUCACGCCCCGAAAAACCUUCCCCAUCUGGUCAACCUCAACGAAGAUGCCCUCAUGAACGAAUGCCUCAUCUACCAGCUCAAGCCGGGCACCACCGUGGUAGGCAAUCUCGACGCUCCCUCAUCUUCGGUCCAGAUCCGUCUCUCUGGCAGCAAUAUCCUUGCAGAGCACUGUCGCUUUACCAACGAUGACGAGGGCGUGGUCACUCUGCACGCCAUGCCCGAUAGCAUGACGAUGGUCAAUGGCAAGAGGAUCCUACCCGCAAAUCCGAAGCGACUCCGCUCAGGGUACCGCGUCAUUUUGGGCGACUUUCAUGUGUUUCGCGUCAAUAACCCGAGCGAGGUUCGCAAGGCGCGGGCGGCACAGAGACCGGACUCGCCAGCCUCAGAGGAUGGGCAGGACGUAGAUUGGACGUAUGCGCGGCGAGAGGCGAUCAUGAACCACCUCAAUGGUCAAGGGCAGGAUGUUGGGCUUGACCAUCUCAGCAACGAAGACCUUGACCGUCUCUUCGACGACAUCUCGCGUGUUCGCAACCGCAAGGCCGCGACCAGUAGGCCGGAGAGCAGACUCAGCUCCGCGUUGGAUGGGUCUGAAUCCUCUCCUCGGCCCUACUCGAUGAGCACCUGGACGGACGACACCAGCGUGGAGGAUCCUUGGAGUGACAGUAUCGCGAGCACGAGACCGGCGUCAACGACGGUCGUAAGCGAGGAUCCGGCGUUAGAGGCCCCGCCGUCCAUUGAGAAGGAGGCGGCGAUGCUUCGUGCUACGAUCCAGGAGUAUGAGCAGAAGUUUCAGAAGCUCGGCGUCAAUGUGGCCGCAGCGCAGGAAGAGCCGCCCCUCACGCCACGGCAAAGGCAGGUUGCUCUGGAUGCGCUGGCAAAGUGGCGCACGCGCACCACGGUCUCCAUGGCAGAGGACGUCCUGUCUCACGCUUCUGCGCUCAAGGAGGCCAAUGUCAUAGCGCGACAGCUGAACAAGGGCACUACGUACCAGUUCAUCUGCAUCGACCCGCCGCCCCUUUCCAACCCGACGUCAACCAUCGAAUCAAUAGCAGGGUGCGACGAUGUAGCUGAUCCGGAGCUGGCAAGCUGCGUAAAGCCCUGCGUUGCGGUACGGGUAGUGGAUGCGGUCAAUCGGAGCGUGUACGUGUGGUCUCUACCCAAUCUGCUCGGAAGACUUGGCAAGAUGCGUAAUCUCACCGCGUACGUGGAUCGCCCAGAGUAUUCGCAACAUUUCAAUUGGGGCGACCCCUUUUACGAGAGCCCAGCGCCGGCGUACACUUAUCUCGGUGCGGCUUUGGUGCCACUCAUGCCGCUUAGUCAACGGGAGUCGGCGCGAUAUAGCAAGGUGCCGAUUUUGGCUACGAUGGAUGACGAGGUAGUGGGAGAGUGCAGCGUUGAGGUCAAGUUUGUCAGUCUGGCCGCUCCGCCUGCGACGAAGGCAAAUGGUCACGCUGCGAGUCCUUCAUCAAGAUCAUUCCUCGUCGCGGGUCACAAGCUCGGUCUUCAGAUAACGGUCGACUCGGUCACUGGCAUCUCGCGCGCGUUAUACCACGCUAUUCAUGCGCAACUGCGGCUCAGCAGUAUCGCUGGUGCGCACAUCGAGCGAGACGACAGCUUUGCUUCCCCGCCCGUCGAGGGUGACACAGCAGCGGAGGUCAAGCUGCGCAAGACGGUGGGGCUUGUGUUGACAGAGGCGACUAUUGCGCAUCUCAAGGCGGGGUAUGCGGCCGUGGAGUUUCACGUGAGGCCAAGCGAUCAGCACCUGGCGAGGGUGUUGGCGCGCGAUGCUGGAGGGAGCGAGGGGCAGCGCCACCUCCAUCCCUCGCCUCCACCUACUCUUUCCCACUCUACCGGGUCACAAGGUCGCCUAGCAGAAACGGAACUCAUCGGCGAGGAGAGACACGAUGUCCUCGCGUCGCUGUGCAUCUGCGAGUUGGAUGCGCAAGGAGAGUACAAGCCUGUCUCGCUGCACCGACCGCGAAGCAAGGCCGCUGGCGCCGCGGGAAGCGUGGUGUCGGAGCUGCGUCAAGGCCUGCAAAGACGUAUCUCCAUUCAGCUGAUUCACGACUCCGGCCGGCAGCUCGAGUGGCGCAAAAUUGCUCGAUUGACUGUGGGCAAUGUGAGAUUGGUAGACGCGCAGGGAAGGACGCACGAGUCUUCGAGCAGCAACGCCCUUUCACUACCCGUACGCGGGCAAAGCGUCGACUUCCAUUCCAAUGGCACCAGUACCUUGCGCGCCUGGGCAGCUUGGGACUCAUCAGCGCACGAUUCGCUCUUCCUCAACCGGGUGUCUACGAGCGAGGAACAGCGUGUGUUGGUCGAUGUCAGUGUGGACCUCGACGUCGAGAAGCCGGUCUGUGCUAGCCCGCCGAAAUUCGUGCAGACAAUGGCUGUCAGAGUUGGAGCGAGAGAUGCGAAGACUCGUCCGAGCAUGGCAGUAGGGUCCAGUUCGGCGGCGGGCAGGUUGCUAUCCUUCAUGAGCGGUGGGAACGACUCAGCCUCUUCCAACACCUCCACCGUCACGGCCGCCACAUGCCAAUCUGCCUCUCGGCGCAUCAGCACGAUUUUCACUCUCACUCUCGCUCCCCCAUCUCGUCGAAGCAUCAAGACGCGUGACGACCUCUGGCGAUUGGAUACGGCCAGCAAAUACGUGCGCGGGCAGGAAGCACUGGGAGCAUGGAGAGCGAAGGGGCCUGAGGAGGUCGAGAAGCAUAGGAAGUGGCUGGACAGACAGGUCAGAAGGGUUGAUGUCGAGGGGUGGAGGGUCGUUCUUGCGCGUGAGGACAAGGCAGGUCGGAGGGGAAAAGAGUUAAGCGCUUCUGCGCAAACGGAGGUACUGGCUAGGGCAGUCGAGCUUUGGCAGGCGGCGAUGCCGGCGAAGGCAGCAGCUCAAACUGGUGUGGAUCCGGUGAGCGGGGAAGAUGACGAUCGCGAGACAGUGAUCGAUUUGCGGGCCUCGUCAAGCAACAAUGGCUCGACCUCUCCGCAGCCGGCUUCAAGCUCGUCAUCCACACCAGCGGAGUCGAGCGUCGCCUCAACGCAAGCAUCGUCGACGUCCGCCUCGGCAUCCAUCCCAACUCCACCUCUCAUUCCGGAGGUCAGCGCAACAGACGUGACAGCGCUAUGCGCCAAGCCCACCCGGCAGGGAAUUCUCUACCUCCCUUCCGACAGCUCCGCCUGGCAAGCUCGACUGUUCGUCCUCUCCCGGCCGUACCUCCUCGUAUACCCAGCAGGCGGCUCCAACGCAGACGAACCGGGCAUCUCGCUCGCUAUCUUCAUCGGCGCGGGCGGCGUGCGUGUUGAAGCUGUGGAUACAGUCAUGGAGGACGCUUUGCUCGGUGGCAGCGAAGGGGAGCGCGGCGUGACCCUAGCGCUGUACACGGCGAGUAACAGCUACAUGCUGAGGGCAAAAUCGAGAGUGGAGAGGGACGAAUGGAUUGGGGCGAUCGGGGGCGGUGUUGGCGGGAACAGGAGAUAGGCUUGGAUGUGGCAACAAGACAGGUGAUAGGGGUGACGACAGAGGAGAUACGAUAGGCCGCUGCGUGGAGGGAAGAUCCGUGGCCGGCUGGGCGUAGCACCAACUCAAUACCAAGACUCUGCACCUGCAAGAAUCAAGUCACAUAACGUUGCGCUGUGCAGACUUCAGAG